UGUAAUGCUGUCACUGCGGACGUGUAGAUCAAACAGCCGUGAAUGGGGUGGUGGUGGUGAAAUGGAUUUGUGUAUUUCGUGAAACCGGGGUAAAUCAGGGCUUCUGAGCGGAAACAAGCCGCUGCUUGGACUAACGUUACGUUAACUUGGGAAAACUUGGAGAGCUACGCUUGAACAAAAACAGCAUCAUUAGCUGCUUAGCCUGCUAGCAGAUUAACUUGGCUAGCUAAGUUCUUGAAAAUGCCCCGGGAUAGCAUGACGUCCCUAAUUGAGAAAAUAGCGCGGAAAGCCAAUGUUACUUUCAAAAACUGUGGCUCGUCUGCCAACGGGAGCAACGAAGUGUUUUUGGAAAACCAAGGUGAACUCCGCAACCUUCUAACUGAAAUCAGGGCGGCAGAUCUGAAGAUUACACCAAGGAAAAUUAAAAGUUCCUCCAAGUCUCAAUCCCAUAGCCCACCCGUCACGUAUAUGCAUAUAUGCGAGACCACAGUCUUCAGCAUGGGGGUGUUUCUGCUGAAGCCUGGAGCUUCCAUCCCUCUGCAUGACCAUCCGGGGAUGAACGGCAUGCUGAAAGUUCUCUACGGCAAGGUCAGAAUCGGGUGCUUCGACAAGCUGGAUAACCCACCUGGUGCAGAGAGCGAAAUACAGUUCAACCCACCACUUCUUCCUAACCAGAAGGAGUCUUUGAGGUGCUCGAUACAUAGGUCCAUUGGGGAGUACACAGAAGAGAGCGGUCCUUGCAUUUUGACUCCGCUCAAAGACAAUAUCCAUCAGAUCGACGCGAUUGAAGGACCAGCUGCAUUUCUCGACAUCCUCGCACCCCCCUAUGACCCCGAUGACGGGAGAGACUGCCAUUAUUACAAAGUUCUUCAGACAGUUUCUGGAAACGCGGACAAAAAUGCAGGGCAACAGGAGCAAGAAGAAACGUGGCUUCUUAAAAUUCCACAGCCUGAUGAUUUCUGGUGUGGUGCUGAACCUUAUCCUGGCCCAGUGGUUUCCUUUUAGGCGAAAAAACUGAGCUAACUCUUAAACAGUCAGCUACUGCCAACUUUGGCUUUAUAAAUAGUGGACCCAGACUUUACUGAUUGAUCCUUAGGAUAUACAGACUUACAGGAAUUAUUCAUCAAAAUAUUUUUUUAUUCAAAUUUCACCCAGUGGCUUCCAGCACUAUGUAAUCUCUGUGCCAGUUAGCUUUUAAUCACAGGGCUCUAAUGGGCAUAAAGCAUGUCAGAGAAAGCCAUAUAUUUAUGCCUAUAUUGUACGGUCUGGCAGGCUGUAUUGUUAAUAUUGAAUGCCAACAUGCCUGGAACGCAUUUAUUCAAUGUCAAAAUGUAACUUCCACAUAGCCUUAACCUCUGUUUAAUUUAUUUUAUAUAAAUAUGCGUGUAAACUUAUAUGGUAUUGUAGCUGCUCAGUAUUUUCCUAGCUUCAUAAUACAGGUACCUUAUCAACACUAGUUUCUCAUACAUUUCCCAUAUUUCAGGUUGGUACCUUAAGUUAUUUGUUUUCAUAAAAAUGCUGUCAUUUGAUAUGUAAUUAUAGUAAUAAAAAUGAAAUCCUCAUGAAUUCA